UGUUAUGCAUUUGAGGCCAUCUCCCUAUGAGAAAAAGAUUGAGAGGUGUAAGGUGAGAGACAAACCUAACCAUUUUGGCGAGGCACAAUGGCGGUAGAGAGAGUGCAAACCAUCGCAUUUUCAUCCAUCUUGGUGGACACCAUCCCACCCGAGUUCAUUAGAUCUGAAAAAGAACAACCUGCUCUCACAACCUGUCUUGGGUGUAUCCCUCAAGUCCCCACCAUUGAUUUCAGCGACCCAGAUGAAGGCAACCUCACAAGAUUGAUUGCGGAGGCUAGCAGCGAGUGGGGGAUGUUCCAGAUUGUGAAUCAUGGCAUUCCUAGUGAGGUUAUCACCAAUUUGCAGAAGGCUGGCAAGGAGUUCUUUGAGCUCCCACAAGAGGAAAAGGAACUUUACGCCAAGCCUCCUGAUUCCAAGUCCAUUGAAGGCUAUGGAAGCAAGCUGCAAAAAGAAGUGGAGGGCAAGAAAGCUUGGGUUGAUCACUUGUUCCAUAACAUCUGGCCCCCUUCUGCUAUCAACUAUCAGUACUGGCCUAAAAACCCACCUUCUUACAGGGCUGUGAACGAAGAGUACUGCAAGUGGGUACAACGAGUGGGACAUAGGUUACUCAGUUUGCUGUCAUUAGGGUUAGGACUGGAAAAAAAUGAGCUCAAAGAGAACGUGGGUGGUGAUGAAUUGAAGUACCUUUUGAAGAUUAAUUAUUACCCACCAUGUCCUCGUCCAGACCUGGCUCUCGGGGUGGUUGCCCACACCGACAUGUCCUCCAUUACCAUUCUAGUUCCCAACGAAGUUCAGGGCCUGCAGGUCUUUAGAGAUGAUCAUUGGUUUGAUGUCAAGUAUAUCCCUGAUGCCCUUGUCAUUCAUAUUGGUGACCAGUUGGAGAUUUUGAGCAAUGGCAAGUAUAAGAGUGUGCUUCACAGAACAACUGUGACCAAGGAGAUAACCAGAAUGUCGUGGCCUGUGUUCUUGGAGCCGCCAUCGGAGUUGGCCAUCGGUCCUCUUCCAAAGCUCAUUAAUGAAAAGAAUCCACCAAAAUAUCAGAAGAAGAAGUACUGUGAUUAUGUCUAUUGCAAGCUUAACAAAAUUGCCCAGUAAAUUAAGGACGCACCUUUCUUUGAUCUUUUGUAGUAUGUCUUUUUCAGCGUCCACUUCUGCAUGUCGGGAAGUUGAAUACUUUAUAUGUGACAGUUCUAUUUAUUAGAAAAAUGUGAUUCUUUUGCCGCUUGUCGA